UCCGCCUGCGACCAUGCUGUCUACUCGCUCGAUAGGCGAGUCGUGGAGGGUCCACUCGAGGACUGGUGUGCCGGCGACAGAGUUGGUGGUAGAGGGAGCUAGCUAUUACCAGUUUAUCCAGGAUUCUCUUCGUCUCCCGGAGCCUGGCGCUGAGGGUCCUGACCCUUUGUUGGGGGGAUGGGUGCUUCCCGAUGCUCGGAUCUCGUAUAUCGGAGAGAGUGGAUCCGAGAUUGUGGAGACUUUCCCGGAAGACCGGGUUUUCCAUGCUCCGCUCCCUGAGGGAGUAGAGGCGGUAUGCACCUUUCAUUUGUGUACUCUUCUUUAUAUUUUUUCUUUCUUUUUUACUGACAUUCUUGUUUUAGGUUCCGGCCCGUACGGCCAAUGCGAUGGUGGGAGUGAUCAACCGGUUGAAGUCCGCGUUGGUUCGAGCUCGGUCUGCACUUUCUUGCAGGAGCCCCCACUCUACUCGGGUAAUGUGCCCUCUCUCUUUUGAUCUGUACCUUUGGUUUGGCUUUCGGUUAUUCACUCUCUUUUUUGUCCCUUUUUGCAGAAGGCUACUGGGCAUGCUGGGGCC